UAAUAUAGGAUUAAGGGGAGUAAAUGGAAGGUGUUUGCAAUGGAGGAUAAUGAAAUCAUGUAGAUAAAAGAAAUAUCUGGAGUGUUAUGCGUGACAUUUGAACUCCUGAACAACUUGAUUCAAAACGUUUUAAUGAAAUAAUUUUGUUAUAUUUGUACACUUCUUUUCUGAAAGAUUUGGAUUCUGUUGUAGAAUGGGUUCUGAAAAUGAGGAAACCAUGGAGCUGCAAGCAGAGCACCUUUUCUUGCUAAUGAAAAAAGACUACAGGAUUUCAAGGAACGCUCGAGCAGAGUGGUAUUUCAACCACCUGAACCACACAGUCCAAAUCCCUAAAGCAGAUAAAGUUGAACACUUUAAAGGAGAAAUAGAAAUAGUCUCUGCUAUACCACAAGAAACUCCAAUAGAAUGGGAUUGGGACACUAGCCAUCUGUAUCAGUAUGUCAUUAGUUUGUCAACUGUAGUAACAUUUCUUUCCCAUACAUAUCGUCUUGUACUUUGUUUGGAUUUGAGCCCUUCAACUGCAACAGUGGAUUGUGUCGAGGGUGUUACAUUGCUUGAUGAAAUUCUUACUUCAUUUAAAAAUUGUGUUCAAGGAUUAGCCAGGCCAUUCAUUGUACCUGGAAGCCAGCUUCUAUUUUGCCCCAAAAUUUAUGUUACUGUCAUUGCUCACACACCAUUUCUAGUAUCAAAAGGGCAACAGGUCCUGGUUGCUGGUUGGCUAUUGCAGCAAGAUAAUGUGAAUGCAUUUGUGGAUCUGGUACAACUCAAACUCAGCUCAAUUGAAGUUCGAUUAUCAUGCUGGACAAACUUUGUCGAAGAGCAGAGAGACGCACAAUUAGCGGAUGCAGAGAGGAUAGUGGGUGGCUUAUUUGAGAGCUUGUCUGACAGAACAACGAAUAGCUCAUGUUCAACCAUUAGUAUGGCAACACCAGAAGUUGCAUUUGUAAGCAUACUGCGCUACGGAAUGCUCGCUUUAGAACUUCUCCCAGAAAAGAGCAGCGCUGGUAUUAUCAUUUUCACGGAUGGAGUGUUUGGGACAACUGAUGCAGGAUGGUCUGAAGCUUUGCUUUCGCAGCUUCGCCACAAUACUAUCGCUUGCUCAUUUGUCCAGGUUGGAUCAAGAACUUGCCAUCCAGCUUCAUCCGAAGGCUUUCUGCCAAACAAUGAUUUGAUGGAGUUUGUGGCUUCCACCACCUUCGGCACGUGCCUCAGCGGCGCUCCGCAUGUAGACGGCGGCUAUGAUUAUCAGAUGAACGUUUACCACCAAUAUUUUCUAACUUGGGGUUUUGAAAAGUACUUGUUGAGGCCUACUCAGACUGUCAAGGAUACAAAAAUCUGGAAUCUUUCGAACCGCUGUUUCGAAGCCAGCGCAAUCCAUCGCGUUAAGAAGAAAGUAAGCGAUUAUGCAGUCAACUGCUCGCUGCACAGUGUUUUAUCUUGUCGAUUACGUGAAGGAUUCACCAUUAAAGAGGUUCAUUUGGAUGAUGAUAUUGUUGAAGUUCAUUUGGCUCUUCCCUGGCGGCCUUCGAUCCAAGUUGAAUAUUCGAUUCGAGGACAGUGGCCGAUCACUCAGGGAACUGUCAGCUGUAGAAUUAGCGUGCAAGGCCCAUACGACUUUCUUCACGAUGUGACCUGCAAGAAGAUACAAUCUCUCUGUUCCAGAUACCGUCAGUCAGUUGUGCAAUCGUAUUGGGCGUUGGUAAAAAAUCUAUCCGAGACGGAUCAACUUCUCGUUCACCUGCACUCGUUUUCUUCGAAUCCGGCCUUUUACACGGUUCCAGAAGCUAUUAAAAGCGGAGUUCCACUCUUUUAUUUGCCGCCAAAUGAGAGUUCCCUAGUCAACGCGUCGAGCGACUUUGCUUAUCCACAGUUCGACGCCUUUUGGAGACCGAUAUGCGUUCUGGAUAUAGGCUACUGGCAGCGUUGGUUGCAUUGCCACCGAAUCGGCAUACUCCUCCAGCACGAUCGCCCGUUGCCCAAACACCUUCAUUUGCCAUCGGCCAGUGGCCGUUACCAUUCAAUCCAAUGCAGACAGGCCGCAACAGCUUUGAAUGCAGCGUUACGUGAUUUCACGUCGUUUGUCUUGUUAGAAAAUCAUUCGUACAUAGGCCUGGUGUGCACCGAUUCUGAAAAACCUGUGUCGUUCUACCUCGUACGCUUAACUCAUAAGCCGCCAUGUGUUUUACUUCGCAUUGCCUUUUUAGGAGGCACGGCUGGAUCCAUCCGUCAGAAGGUUGUGGGGGAUAUGAAAAAGCUGGUCCAGAGUUUGAAUUUCCCUCAGCGUUCACUUCCUCAGGAUUUCUCGAAAACCAUAGUCGCCAUUCCUUGUUGCAAAGUGCUGCAAAAGCCAGCCGAAAAAAUUCUUUUAAGGUAUGAGAAAAUGCCGAUCGAUUUCUUCCAGGUAGUUCCGCACGAUCCUUUCGUAGGGCAGAAUAACAAUAUUCAAAUGAAGCGUCCGUCGGCUAGUCCUGGAACUCAGUGGUCGACUCUCAGUCAUUACCUGCAUCAUAGAAGAUGGAUCUGGUGUAUCCAGGGCUCUGCUGGUUUGGCUCUGAGCUUGAAUUCAGUUGCCCGUAUCCUAUCCAUCAUCACCAAAAUGAGGUUACAAGAGGGUUUCAGUUUUGCUCAUUCGUCGUCGGGUAUAUUCACAUUCCUUUUAGAGGUGGACAUGGAGGGACAACAUGGUCAAUUAUUGCCGGGUUCAAUCGAUGAUGAAUCGCAGGAUCAGGCACAAAACUGUAGUUGUAUUGUACAGUAUGUUCUUUUCCCUCCGCAUAGCACCGGAUCUUUUGGUCUAAAAGACUCGGAAGAUGAGGCUACAGAAGAAUCAGAUAUCUUGGAUUCGUCUGAUGCCCGUUUGGAAAUCAUAACCGAGUGCUGGGUUGAACCCCAAGCUGGAAUCGUAGGAGACUCUCCGGACGAGAGACGUUUCUUCCAAGGGCUAGAUUAUCACGCCCUGGCCGAAUCGUUUUAUCCGAUGGACUUGGAUUGCAUUUCUUCACUGGUGACAUUCGAGCAUCUCAAUUUGAUGUGCCGCCAGGCGGACAAGGUGGGAGUUACUGGUGAACAAGAAAAAUCUAUCCCAUCGUCCCCUGGAGUACCUGGUCAGCGUGAUGGGCUAUCACCUCCGACCGGAUGCGGUUCUUCCUAUAAUUUUAGUCCGCCAUCCGGAUGGGAUGGGCGAACGGAAGAAGCUCUCAAAGACGACACAGUCAGUUGUGUUCCGUUCUGUUUCCAAUUACCUAGACUAUUGCCUAAAUGCAGUCGAGCAAAAUUGCUGUUCUCUACAUUUGUCCAAGAAUUCAAGGCGCCUAUCCAAUACAUUCCUAAUCCAGCGGAUACAGUCAAUGAGCUUUUGUUCGAGCUUUUAACGCAACAGCUUUCCCAGUUGGGACUACGAGAAGUGAUACUCAAGGAUAGCGAUUGCCGUCAGUUGCUGAAAAACUUGGACCUUCAAGCGGCUGCAGACUGCCCUCGCAAAGAAGAAGAAUUUCCCAACAACAGUGUGGAUCCCGAUACGGAAGUGGAAUCCUUCGCAACUGCAAGAGAAGCCAAUAGUACUCCACGGAGUCCUAGAGAUAUCAAUAUCAGUAAUCCACCAAGCAGGCCGUCUCUUCUAACACCGUUAAACAUCAGUUAUCGUAGUGGCAUCAAUAGCCAUGACGAUCGAGCUGAAUCUACCGCCAAUAAAAACGAACCUCUUACACCCAUGUGGCGUUGUUUCGUGAAGAGCGUGAGCUCUUCCCAUAUCCUGCUGGUCCUUCUUCCAGCAUCUUUCCAGGACUUGAAGCUGCUGAUGCUCAAUGAAGAACAUUUGCACAUGCCACGUUCUGCUCAUCUUACCAAAGUGAAACCAGAUUUUAUCCCGCACGCUGAACCAUACUCAAACAACGAUGGCUCUGUUGAGAGCAAAUCGACUAACGAAGAAGUUGCAAAACAUAUGACAACCGAUGACGAUCAGAUGACUAGCUGUUCACAAUCAACCUCUCAACCCUGUUCAUUAGGGCCGACUCGUACGAAUUCUUUUGCUGGACAGCAACGGCCACGGUUAGCUAGUCAUUCAUCUGUCCAGGCUGCUCGAAUACGAGCCGGUUCGUUAGAUACUGCUCCAUUGCAACACGGUCAACAACAACAGUCACAUCCGCAACAAUUCCAACAUCACCACGUCCACGCUAGUUGUUCUGUUGGAUCAGCUGAUCGACGCCAUAAUAGCAAAACAUCCAGUUCGCUAUUUGGCAGUGGAGCUUCUUACUUUCGACCCGUGACAUCCUUACCAUCGUUCUCAUCUCCCGUUCGAUCGGCUCCCGUUCACGCGUCGCUCAGUUUGCCUGUUUAUGUUUUCGAUUGCCCUCUGACGAACUUGGUGAGUCAGUUGUUGUCCAGGGGUGCCAACCCGAAGGUGACCCUUUUUCGGGAUCACACCUUCCCUAAUGAUGAAGACAUUUCGGCCGGUGAAGAAGAAGAUAAACAACCGGAAUCGCAGUCUGUUCCAGACGAUCCAGUAUCAGCUGGAUCUGUUAAUAUCCUUUCGCAGUAUUGCGCCGUUGUAGAGGCGCUUUAUUGCAAGUGUUUGGGUCAGGCACUCUUCACGUCUCUCCAGUUAGGUCGUCCAAUUCAUAGCCGUGACGUCGAAGCUGCUAUGAAUCUGUGUAAAGAGACGCUGCUGGAAAUCGACAUAACAGCUUUCCUUCAAAACAUUUGCGGCCAUCUCAAAGAUUUCAAAAUGAAAGCCGGCCUUGAAAUCCUUCGCCAACGAAAGCAAUCUUCUUCUUCUGCUGAGCCAUUGGCAGAGGAUGAUGCCAAAUGGCAUUUCCCAUUGAGUUUACUUCGUCUUCAUCAACCGUGCGCAAAUCUCAAACACUUGCACAAGCUCAUCCGCACCCGUUUCCAAGAAAUACUCUGCCUCUCCUUCAAGCCGGUCCCGUCCUUGUUCGAUUAUUAUUUCUACUGUCCUCCAGACCAUCCCUUGUCACCGGCUCCUGAUGAUAGUAUGAUCAUUAAUGAUCUGAGCCUCGUUCACGACGAUAUUGAAUUAGUUGAAUUCCGGCGAUCAUCCGAUACGGACAAUUCCAUCAGCCAAAAUUGUUCGAUGAAUGGAGGUUGUUCAGAUUCUUCAUCAGAGCCUAUAGAUGAUGUCGAAUUGGAAGAAGACGGCAAAGAUGAGACAGAGGCGACAUCUGUCCCUCUCUUUUUGCACUUAACAGCUACUGUCCGUUCUAAGAAAAACGUGACCAGUCAAUCGUUAAAUGCUUUACCGACCUGCUUGGGCGACCUGAUGACAAGCCUCUCUGAUUCGUCAGCCGUGUUGGAUUUGAAGGGUUUGAAGAUAACGUUGGAUUUCUUGUGUUUGACGUUCCGCUCUGACAUGGAAGAGUUGGUUCCUGGGCCGCAAAACCAGCGCACCACUUCAUUUUGUAGUAGCUCAUCGGGCAUCUUAGAUGCUAACAAUCCAUGCCCGACAUUGACGUCACAGUCGGAAUUGAGUGAAGAUGAAGAUGGCCUGCCGAUGGAUGAAGAAGUCCGAACGGAAAGCAUCUCACGUCGAUUGGUAUACGUUCCAGAAGGUCAGAGAAGACGCAUUAAAGCCGCCCUAGCCGAUAUUGAAUGGAUGCUCAGGGACGAAAUUGUGGCCUUUAUGCUGGACUCUUUUCCCAUCACGGAGGCAACACUGGCCGCGGUGGUUCAACACGUUCAAACGUCACCUCAUCGUCCUUCUUGUCGCCGGAAAAAUGUUCCAUUACAUUUCGUACUUAACCCACAAGAAAGUUCCCGCCGAUUUCUGAUUGAAUUCACGAAAUUACCUAUUCACGGCCAUUUGUUACGAGAGGAAGGAUCCUUUUAUUACCUGAUAGAGAAUACGUGUCAAUCAAAAUUCCAGGGGUCGCUUGAUCCACCAUUAGGGUCAUCAAGGUACAACAAAACUGAUGCGGAUCUCACGAGCGAAGCUUCGGCAAGUCGUUCGCUUGUGGCGCAAACAUCUACCGACUCUUGUGCAACUGCUGGAGUCGAAGAACAAACAUGUGAAGCUGAUAGAAUUGAUUAUCAAAUGGAGAAUACCAUUGGAGAGUCGGAGAGCGAAGCAACCAAAGACGCAGCUGUUAUGAUGGACUCUACCAUUACGCUAGUCUCGAACGGUGAAGGAGAUGUUGGAGAACCUGAGGCUCCUGAUAUCAGACCAGAUGAUGACAAUAUCCAAUCAGAUUCACCACUAAAGAAAACAUCUAAAAGGCGGUUUGAAUCUGGAACGACGUCCAUUCCAGGGACGAGGCAUAGCGACUCGUCUAGUGUAGUGGACAGCAUCCGUAAUACUGAAGAUGGUUACGAAGGUGGCAGUUCCAAUUCAGAAGACGAAUUUGAAUGGCUCAAAGAACUGGAUAUGGAAAAACCAAAAAUGCCUCCAUUUUGGCUUGUGUUGAAAGUUAAUGAAGAAGCUGUUGUGACAUACUUUCAUUGUCGGUUCGAACUAGCCCGCCCCGAGGAAAUACAACAGUGGAAACAAAUCCAUGAAGACUUGAUCAACAGCAUUACUGCGCUAGGGAAAUUAAUCAACCAGCAGAUGUUGCUGAAAGAUUUGCACGACACUCGGUUAUGCAACGGUUUGCUGGAGCCUGAAACCAAUGAUGACAUUUGGCAUCAUGAUGAUUUGGCACACAUCAAACUAGCUCCCCAUCGAAUCAAUUCGGAUCAUUUGCAAACGUAUAGCUCCCAGGAGCAACCAAACUACCUGGAAGCAACACUCAAGUUACAACCGGGCUGUUUCCAGUGCCGACAAGUAUGGGAGACACAUUUUCCACUUCAUCCGCGUUUGAAAACAGGCCCGGGUAAAUUGGGAACAUCCAAAGGUGUCCAACAACUACGCAUCGUUCUCAACGCCUUCAGUGUCAGUAAUCGCAACAACAUGUUCGUCUAUCAAGAAAAUUCCGGCAAUGUAUUUUACCUCCGUUUGAACGAAGCAUCAUGUGUCAAUCAUCGAACUCCUGCGGAUUCUGUUUCCAUUUCACGGUAUAAUGCCGAUGAAGCAGAUGGCGUUGCUUACAGUUGUUCUAGACGCUCGUCCAAUUGGAACGUCAGCGAUCGAGGGGGUUUAGACGAGGAUAGCAUCGAUUCUCAACGUCGCAGUGGGUCGUUUAGCGAAAGGGAUAGUGUAGGAGGAGAUCAGUUGAGCCUCGGCAGUGUGUCAUUGAACCGUAGCCUGCAUUACCAAUCGCAGCAGCAUUUAUUGCGCAAAGAGGACUGCAUCCAGCUGAAAGUUCACGGCAUCACCGAAGCUGGACAAGCCAUCAAAGGCGAUCUUGUGCGAGUUUUGCAGAACAAGCUGGACGACGCUGUGCUGGAAGUGCUUCACUCGCUGCUCAGCCGCAACCCAGCUUGCAAACUGACGUCGGAUGACGUCCAUUUCAUCCAGAAACCGCACGAGCCGCCGCACAUCAUUCUUCAAUCGACUGUCCAAGCGUGCGCAUUGCCCUACCUGCCCGCUCUGGCAUACUAUCUUCGCCAGAAUUUGCUGGACUCUGUCGUCUACACACCGAAGUACAUGGAUAACUUCGUGGGUCAUCACUUCCAGGAUUAUUCCUCGCAUUGUCCCGCUCCUACAUCAGAUGUCUACUUGUAUAACCGACCACAGGCGUCGGGUAACCGCGGUAUCGCGUGCAUUGCGUUCGCCUUAGUGGAUGGGGCAGGUAACCCUGUCAGCCAACUUGAAUGGCCUCGACCGGCCACCGCUGUCAAAAUGGACGGCGGCAUAGGUCCAUCUUCGUUAAGCGAACUUGAAGAAUUCAUCCGAGCUGAUCUUUGUGUCAAGCCGACAGACAGGAAAGGACCUGGGCCCAUGGCUGCGAUUGAAUUCCGCAUCUGGGAGCGUGGCCAUUUCAGCAAGGAUACGUUGAGAGAAAAAUUAGAAUUGGCUAUCCAACAUGCCCUCUGGGAUGUCGUGUUGGAAUAUCGAUUAUUGCCAUUCCCCCUGUGCGCAAUGAUCGAUCAAAAUGGAGUAGUAGUUUCUCAAAAUUUAGGAGAGGGCCUGCCUUGUUCGGAGCCGACCACUCCCGUCCGUCGUAAGUGGCAGUUGAUCGAGCCCAUCGUCCAUGAAGAAGAUAUCCCUGUUGAUCCACGUUCGCGUUCCGUGUCCUUUAGCGGACUUCCACCUAAUCGUUCUGGCGUCGCAUCUGGCACUACCAAUCUACUAGCUAUUAAUUCAGCUAUUGAGCCCAAGUGGAAAGUGCGCCAUACUUCUGGCACGUCCACCAUCAGCCGAGAACGACCUCUAUCACCAGUGACCAGCUUUCAGUUCAGGAGUUCGGGGCCGAUAUCACCGGUGGAGAAAUACUGCGAGCGCAGUGUGUCCACGUCAUCCGUUACAUCUUCGUUAACGACGGGCACAUUACCCGAGCUGGACAAAUUGGAGUUGGGCGAACGUGGCGUCCUCCAUCCCGUCUAUUCCAAGCUGCUGGAGAACUGGUUUAAUUUAGGAUUGCAGAAGAAUGUGGCGUCUAUCAAAUUUCAGAAGGCCAGCCUCCUAGCUCCUUUGACUGUGCCUGCACUUUUAAAGGCCGUCAUUCACAUAUGUUCUUCUGUGUCUCCGGAGUUGUCGAUGAAGAUAUUUUCUUCAUCUGAACCCGGUGCUCCGUACAUACCUUAUCUACCUGCUUCAAGAUGUCCGAAACAGGGCGGCCUCGAUCGGUCAGUGCUGGACAAGACCCACCUUCUGAUUGGACGCAACAUGGCGCAAUGGAAGGAAUCGUUAAGUGGCGAGAUUAACUUGCCGGAUAGCACGCAACAGGAAAACAACGGACAAGUGGCACUUAAAGUCCAACGAGCUCAUCAACGCUUUGUCUCUUAUGUCCAUGAUUCUCCUGUUAAUCCUUGUCCGGAAGCAGUGAGACUCGUCCAGUCUCAAAGCGGUGAUGCGGACAAGGCCAACACAAGCGGAGAACACAGCUCGGUAGUGUCACUGUUGAUUCCACGCCAACGGCUCCUGUGGGCCACGGUCAGCCGCGACCAGCAGUGGAUUAUGUGGAUGUACAACUUCAACAAAGAUAAUUAUGAAUCCUUGACGAAACAGUGUCAUAAUCUUGUCCAAUGGCACAACGCACGAUGGGCUUUGCUUUCGAGCAUCGUAGCUCAAAAACUGGGCCUCUUUCAUAAUCAGCCAUGCUUCGACAGAACACACCCACAUCAUACUAUAUGUCGUAACCCGUACUUAGUGUUGUCAGACAUGGAAGCCUUAAUCAAAUUGCAUAUUCCACCUGUGUCACGGGACUUUGGCGCUAGCACAACUCGAAAACCUAACCUGAAUAGUUUGCCCCAUUUAGCAUAUUUAGAAACGUUUAGGGACAGCAAACCCACCAGGUUGUUGAGCAAAACACCUUAUGGCAACCAAGAUCUUGUAACUCGACAUGGCCAGCAGUGGAUUGAGAAGAGGUACUCUGAAAGGCGUGAAGAAAUGCAACGACUGCUGGUGCUGUGUCCAGCGCGAUCUUCGGGAAACAACAUCACGAUUACAGAGGAUAUCAUCCAGCUGUUCAAACAAGUAGCGCGAAUUAUUCAUUACUGCUUCACGCCUCUUCUUUUCCUUCCCAAAUGGCGGUUUCAAGUGGCGAGAACAAGAGAUCCCAAUAUGGCCACGGCUACGCUAACGUCAGAAUUCAGGCCAAGACAUGAAUCUGGAAAUUCCGUCAACAGUGGCCGGAAUAGCCCGAGCAACUCACCUCCACGGCAACCUAGACGGCCUACCGAUGAUCAUUGGCAUCAAUCGCUGUGUUCUGCAUAUUUACAAGAGUACGUGCAAUACCUGCAUACCCUAGGCUUUCUGCGGAUGGAAAUCAGACCUUUAGCUACCAAACGGGGCCCUAAAAGUGCGUUGAAAAGCCAAAGAAUUGCCGGAGAAGAGGCAUGUAGGGUCCGCCAUGUUUCUCAUCCAACACGUGUUAACGGUGGUCCAAGUCCAUCCUCACCGUCGUCCACGUCAUCGUCCGACACUAACACUCUUUACUUUCAUAAAUCUCAUCAAGGUGGAGUUCUAGUGUGCGAAGUGGCGAUUCAAGAACCGUUUUUCUAUACAAAAGUCUACGCUCUAGAGAUGUCUCGAUUGCUGCACGUUGGAAUGGGUGGAGCUUUCCAUAAUGUGGGGCACAUGGCGUCAGCUCAAGCCCACUACACAGAUCGCUUCCUCAACGAAUGCGAUCAUAUAAAAGUUUUACUUCACCUGCACUCGUUCACCUACGACUUUCAUCUGCGGAGUCUCAACUCGUUCGUCUCGGGCCGUCAGUAUUUACUGAAACCUGGCUUCCAUUUAGUCAGCUUCUUGGAUGACUUCACCAAAUACUACAACAAAGCUCCAAAUUUCGCUAGAAACCAAGUGGUUAGCAAUAGUUUGACUUUAAAGGAUCCUGCUACACCAGGUGAACAGCUUUUCAAUUACCUGUUGAGUCAUGAACGCCGUUACGGAUUUCACGUCAUGAGAAUGGCUUCAUCAUCGAACUCCGACACGGACGAAGUCACAACAGAGUAUGUUUUAGCGAGACAGUGGCCGUUCAAAACCAUUCAGCGAGAAUAUGGUGAUCUCAGACACGCGGAUGAUUACGACGUGACUAUGUUGGUUUCCCACGAACCGGUCAACGAAGAUCCGAUGACCAUUUUCAUAAAAUUCUAUGUUAUUAUGACCUCUAAAAGGGAAUAUUACCCAAGGCUUCUUGUAGAAAAAAAACCGGGCAAAUUUCGUACCGUAUCUACAGCGACUCCGGUAAAAGCUGCAUCAGCACCUCCACUGGAAAUAGUCGACCGUGUGGCGGAAGAUUCUGAUGCGACUGCAGCCUCUACUCAAGAUGUUCAGCAAAUACCAGCUCCUGGAAAUGGUCAAGGCAAGAUUUCGAAAAGCGAUGCAGACUUGCAAUUGGCUGACAAAGAGAGGAAGACACCAACUCCUGAGUUGUUGUCAGUUAGCAAUCCUGAAGUGAGCUUUAUUCAACGCAAGGGAAGUACGAUGGUCACUACUGCUUUGGCAGAAGAAACUCGAACGUCGCCGGCAGGUCCAGCGGCCGUUGCAGCAGCAGCUGCUGCUGCUGCCGCCGCUGUUAAACAUACCGAUAUGCGAUCACCAAUGUUCAUCCGGCAGGAAGUAAUCAACUACUUAGGCUACUAUACGAAACAUGAACAGGACAUGCAAUCAAUGAUGAGCGAGCAAGCUAAGAAAGCGGAAGACCUUAUACGUGCCAUCGUUAACCAGGCCAAAGUACAUUGUCGGAGAGAUAUGCUGUGGCAGCGACUUCAGCAAAGUCCUGCCUCCUCCUCAUCUAACCUCACUUACUUUGAGUUCCGCGAAUUGCUUACCCUAUCGCAUACAGAACCGAUAAGCUCUGGUGAACCAGAACUUGUCCCUUUGCUAGCACAACCGGUAAGUUGGUACCAAGGACUUGCCAAACUUCUUCUUUCACGUUACCCAGAAAACCACCGCCAUUAUUCGUCUGCUGACGGAAAGAUCCAGUACGUCAUCGUUCUUAAUCAACGACUCCCAGGAACGGCUAUGAUGCUCUACUGCGAUGUACAUGCUGAUAAAGCGGAGCUAAGUAGUCUUUGUCAAGAAAUUCCCACUACUGAAAUGGAGGUGUCGACAGUUUUUCCACUGGACAACGGGUUUCAUUCUAGGCCGAUGACCAUGCAGGGAUUCAUCGAAGAUUUUGUGAAUUUAUGUGCUUUUCAUAUAUGGAGCGGGCUGUUGGGUUGACUGUUAAUAUGUCAGAAGAGUGCCUUGUACAAUUAACGCAAACUUUAAUCAAACAUUUCUUAUAGUUAGUUUGGGUCUUUAUCUCAAAGACAGAGCUUCAGUGUAGCAAAAACUAGUCUUAUUUAACACGCAAAGCUUUUCCUAACUUGUUUAUAGCUUUUGUGGAGUAUUUAGAGUUGUGUUGAUUAAAAGACAACAUUACGGUGCAGUGUUCAUAAAUAUACAACUGGAUUAGUGAUUGUAGCAGAAA